AUGUUGUUAAAAUCCUUUGAGGCGCUGCCGGUCAUUGCUGGCCUAACAGGCGUUAGUAUCCAUGCUCUGCUAUACCGCCACGGAGAGUGGGACACGAAGGCACCAGCUGUCGUGAUUAACUACGCCAUUAUAUCGGCAAUAUUGAUUAGCGUGGAGUACCUCGGCAUUUUGGAGAAGAGUGACAUCCCAACCACCCCAAAUUGGUCUUUGAGGCUCGUCGCAUAUCAUUUAUUGGGAGUCUAUAGUAGUAUGGCCUUCUACCGAGGCGCAUUACAUCGACUGAAUAAAUUCCCUGGGCCGUUCCUUGCGCGACUUUCAAACUUCUAUGUCACUUUUUUAUCGGCCAAGAACUUUCGUUUGUACGAGGAGACACAAAAGCUUCAUAAGAGAUAUGGUGAUUAUGUGCGGAUUGGCCCUACGGAACUCUCCAUCUCUGACCCGGCCGCCGUCAAGCUAAUUUACAGCUCUCAAGCGAAGACUCAGAAAGGACCGUGGUACAAUUGCAUUGAGCCUCGAGUUUCACUUCAAACUGACCGAGAUAAGGCAUCUCAUGCACGCCGGCGAAAGACCUGGGAUCAAGGGUUUAGCUCACAAGCAUUACGUGAUUAUGAGCCCCGCGUGGUCCACUAUACCGCCCAACUGAUGCAGGCCAUUGAAAAGGGACUGAACGAACCGAUGAACAUGACCAAAUGGUUCAACCUCUAUUCGAUCGACGUGAUGGGGGAUCUUUCAUUCGGACGGUCUUUUGACAUGCUCGCAGAUAACGAGGACAAGUACUUCCUUAACCAAUUGCAUGCCGACAUGAAAAUGAUUGGGCUGUUCAGCCAUUUGAUGUGGCUGUUCCCGUUCUUCAAGCGCAUUCCUGGAAUCAAUGCCGAUUACCUCAAAUUUUGGGGGUGGCUUGAUAAUAAUGUCCAAAAUCGUAUCAAGAACCCUCCAAGUCGCCCAGAUGUCUUCUCAUGGCUUCUGAAGUCAUUUGAGCAAGGCGCUAAGACCGAGCAGGACCAUCAUAACCUACACGGAGACACGUACCUCAUCAGCGUGGCUGGAAGCGAUACAACCGCAGCGACUUUGACGAAUUUGUUCUUUGAGCUGGUAAAGGACCCUCAACUACAAAAAUCACUUCAAUCAGAAUUAGAUGCGCUACCGAACAUAUCCACAGACCAAUUGACAGGCCUGAAGUUUCUUGAUGCUAUCAUCAAUGAAACUCUUCGCAUGCACCCUAUAGGCGAGACAUACAUCCCUGGCGAUGUUAUGGUCGCAGUGCCUAUGCAUGCAUUAUUCAGAGGUAUUGCCAUCCGGGUAACACUUAUCUCAGUUUCAUCGCUGAUCUUUGAUAUGAACUACACAGAUGAUAGGGCAUUUGAGUAUCCGAACGAGUUCAGGCCAGAGAGAUGGACGACGAAACCCGAGCUUGUGAAAGAUGCUUCGGUAUUCAUUCCGUUCGGAGCCGGUCCAUACGUUUGCGUUGGGAAACAGCUCGCAUUGAUGGAGAUUCGCCGAGUGACUGCCGAGAUUUUGACUCGGUAUGACGUUUCUUUCGUGUCUGGAUUUAGUGAGACAUCUUUCUGGAAUGGGAAGCGCGACGCAUUCACUUUGGUUGCGGCACCUAUGGAGUUGACUUUCAAGCGUAGGAAUUAG